AUGCCGAGUCCACUCACGACCGUAUCCGCCGCGACGACUGUUCAUAACUCCGUGUCCAGAGAUCGCUGGCCCUUGAUAAGUAGUGCUGGCACUGCUAGUACGAGUGGCAGCACCAGCAUAAGCGCAGCACACCUUGAGAUCGCCGCGGCGCGGCCGUCAUUCGACGCCAAUCUGCAGCGGAUUAUAGACGCGUCGUCGCUCGACGAACUCUGGAGUGCCGCAGAACUGAAUCCCGUCCGCGGAAACUUCCCCCCCUUCCACUCCGCACAGCGCCGCCUGCCCGCGCGCUCGCUGCGCGGAGACCCGCCUGGCGGGCCUGCGGGGCCGCUCCCCAUUGCGCCGGCUCCGAGCGUGUGGGGCACCGCGAGCGCGCAUCGCCUUCCCACCGCGGGCUUUCUUCCCGUCGUUCCCGAGGUGUUGGCUGCCGUGACGGGCGGUUCGAGUCCCGUGCACGGUCUCGUGUCGCUCCCUGACCGCCUCCACGGCCUCUUCGCCUCCACUGACUUUCCGCCUUCCGCCCAAUUAACCCCCAGCGCGAAUGACGCCUCCCUCCGCGCUGAUGCUCACCUGCGCGCAUUUCCCGCCGCGUCGUUGAUGCUGCCGCCACAGGAGCAACGAGCCGGCGGGACCGCUGGCACGUCAACUGCAGCCUCGGCGACAGCGCGCCGGGAGGGCGACUCGGCAGCCACGCUAGCAGCGCCGUGGACGGCGUCGACAAGCGCGGCGCUGGCGGCGGGGUUUGUGACAGUUGCGGGCGCUGACCGUCACGGCGACGACGGCGCGUCGAGGUGGCGGAGGCGACUGGAGGGUCAGGGGGAGCCCAUGGCCGCCCCCAGCGGCGGUGCGCCGUUCGCGGCGGAGGCAGGCGCAACAUGGGCGUUCCCCUCGGCGGAGCCCCUGGUAGAAGUAGCGCAGGGGGCGGGGGGCGGGGGAGCGGAAGCAGCAGCGAAUGCAUCAGCGGGGAUCUCCGCGCAAGCGGCGGACGAGGGCCUCCCGCGGGAGCUGGAGCUCUCAGGGGGGGAAAUGGAGGGCGCGGAGGUGGACGGGGGUUUGAAGAGCGCCGGCGGAGGCGGGGGAAUGGAGGGCGUGGAGGGGGCCUGGGGCACGUGGGACACGGCGUGGGGCGUGAUGGGGAUGGACGCGGGGAUGAGCGGCGGCGGCACUGGCUUGGGCAUGAACAAAGCGGCGGUGGAGAUGGAGAUGCGAUGCGCGGAGGAGCUGCUGCGGCGCACCGCCAUGAUGAGCGAGGCCGAGGCGCCCGCCGUGGUCGCGCCCGCGCCCGACGCGCCGAACAUGGCUCCGCGCGUGGCGGAGCCGCCGGCUAUCACGGUGGCGGAUGGCGAGGCGCCGGGAGAGAGCAUGGCGGACCCUCCGCCGCACCAACUGGGUUUUGCUGCAGCGGAAGCACCAGCCGCAUCUGGCGGCGACGCAGCCUCACCUGCUGCGGCGCCUGAAAUCGCGGCUCCGUCCCCCCGCGUGCGCCUCUCCCGACGCGCCACGUGGUCCGCAGCGCCGUUACCGUCGUCGGCGGACGCGGCGCUGAUGCAGGCGAUGGAGCUGGAUCGCCUAGAGCACGACGCCGCCAUGGCACGCCUCACCGCCAUGGCCGCAUCUCACGGCGCCAAUCGCGCCCUGCCUCCCACCCUGCCUCUUGCCUCUACUAUCACCUCCCCAUUCGCCCCCAGUACCCGCCUUUCCGCGGCACCCGCUUCCGCUGCGCGCGCUGCGGACGCCAUUACGACAGCCGCGCCUGCCGCCGCCAUGGCUGACGGCGCCAUGGAUGCUCCCUUCCUGCCCGCCCUCGACUUCCCUUCGCGCCCCAAGCGCGCCAAGCCGCUCCACCAGCAACAGCAGCAGGGGCAGCGACAGGGCGCUUCUGUGAACCAUGAACCUCUGCCCGAGUCCCGCCUCCCGCCUGUGCUACCCGCAGCUACCGCCCCUUCCGCCUGCCCAGCAGCCGUCUCAUUGGCCGAGGCCUUCCGCAUGGAAGCGCUCCGAGCAGGAUGGGGUGCGGGGGAGAGGGGGAUGCGGAAUGAGGAGACGCGUGAGGGGGAGAUGAAGGAGAGGGGUGGGCAGGGCGUGGAGGCAUGGCAGGGUGGAGCAAGGGGAGGGCCAGCAGGGGGGGAAAGCGUGGCGUGUGGUGCCUCGAGCGGUCACACGAGCAUGCAGGGGGGCGCGUGUGAAGGGGACGGCGAAGCAGUGGACGCGGAAGUGCCUGGGGGCUCGGAGGGGCAGGCAGACGGGGAUGGCAGGGUGGAGGAGCGGGGGACGGAGGCGGUGAUGGGGGGACCCAGCAGCAGCGGAGCAGCAGCGCUGUGCAACCCAGCGAGGGCGGCCGGGGGGGGCACUGCUAGUGGCGGGGGCGGAAAGCAAGCCCCGGUGACAGCAGCAGGGGGAACAGCAUGUGCAGGGCGCACAGGAGGGGCGAUCUUUGACCCCUGGGCGCCCACGCGCACCACCACGUUCCUCGUCGCCCACCUGCCGGGCAUUGCCCCAGCCGUGCACGAGCUGCUGGCGCGGCAGUUUGCAGCGAAUCAACAGCACCUGCCCGCUGUGGCGCCCGCUGUGGCGCCAGAGGUGCAGCAGCUGUUUGCGCGCCGCCACACCGUGUCGGGCACUCCCUCAGUGCGCGAUAUGGGCUUGCAGCACAGCUUGCCCCGCCCCUUGCACCCGCUCCCCUUCACCCUCCCCACCAUCCAGUCGCUUGAAGACCCUUUCCGUCUUAUGCCUCGCUCCCUCGCCUCCUUUCCCUCGAAUGCACCUGCAGCCGCCGCCGCUGCUUCAGCUGCUGCUGCUGCGCUGUCUGCUCGCACGCUCUUCCCCUCCUUGUCACCCUUCAGCAGCACCACCCUGGUAGGAAACUUCAUGCCUUUUCCGCCCACCACCGUGCCAGCGCCCUUCCCGUCGCCUGCCAUCCCGUCGCCUGCCAUCCCGUCGCCUGCCAUCCCGUCGCCUGCCAUCCCGUCGCCUGCCAUCCCGUCGCCUGCCAUCCCACCUGCCAUCCCAUCGCCUGCCAUACCAUUCCGCUUCCUCACGCCUCCUCUAACGCCCUCCUCACCUCCCCUCUGCGUCACGCCCAGAGGAGCAAUCAGCGCCGGUGCCGCCAGCAGCAGUAGCAGCGGCAGUGCAGGAGCAGCGGGACCUUCUGCCCGGUCAAGGGGGUCAAGAAAGUCAACAGUGUCAAAGGGGUCAACGGAUCCUCUCACUUUCCCCCCGCCUUCCGCAGCUAUCCAAAGCAAGGCAGCAGGGGGCAACAUCAUCUAUGCCGGUUCCAAACGUAGCCUCUCCUCCUCCACUCUCCCCUCCCUCACUCUCCCUGCCACCCCUCCCUUCCCACCCUCCAUCCCGGUCCAACCCCAAACCUUCCUGCCGCUGUCCGCACCUCCCCCUCCCUUCGCAGCCACGUCCUCCCUCCUCCCCUUCCUGCCUGACGCCUCCACCACGGACCCGCUGCGCUGCCUGGGGUGUGGAAUCGAACUAGACCAGGAAAAUGCAAGGGAGGCCCUGGCUUUACCCGAGGGGGUGGGGCCGCCUUUGCCUCAUGGCUCGGAAAUGCUAGCGGGGCGCAUUCCGCGCGUGCACGGGUGCAAUGAGUGCCUGCCACUGCUCGUGCCCAGCUACUUCAAGAGACGGGCAGCUGCAAAGCCGCACACUCCCAACAAGUCCACGUGA